CAAAAAAUGAACGACACUGUCGACAAGCUCGUCGUCUUUCUGGCGAAGCGAGACGGCAUCGACAAGCUGGUGAAGACCUUCCAAUACGUCUCCAAGCUCGUCAACUGGCAAGUGGAAGCCACUCACCCGGACCUGGCCACCCGGUUCAAGCAAUGGGAGGUAGCCACCGGUCUCAGCCGAAAAGCCUUCAGAACCGGCAGGUUCCUCACGGGUUUCAACGCCCUCAGAAGGAACCCCGGUUCGACCCCGGGUUUCAAGCUCCUAGCCGUGCUGGCUAACUCCGGCGAGAUGGUCUAUUUCUUCUUCGACCACCUCCUUUGGCUGGCGAGGAUCGGGACGCUCGAUGCUAAGCUGGCUAAGCGGAUGAGCUUCGUCUCCGCCUUUGGCGAGGCCUUUGGGUACGUUUUCUUCAUCGUUUGGGAUUUGAUUAUGAUGAAACAAGGGGUGCAGGCGGAGAGGGAGCUCCUCGUGAUGGCUUUGAAACAAGAGGGUUCGAAGGAGACAAAAGAGAUGAUAAGGAAGAUCAGAGGGGAUAGAGUGAUGAGGGUGAUGGCUGUGGCGGCGAAUGUCGCCGAUUUGAUAAUUGCACUGGCGGAGAUCGAGCCCAACCCUUUGUGCAACCACCCUCUGUCUCUUGGUGUCAGUGGCUUGGUCUCUGCAUGGGCCGGUUGGUACCGAAACUGGCCCUCGUAG